AUGGAUGAAGUUGACAAAAUUAUUAUACAUUCAUUAAAACAAAUUGGAUGCAAACUAGAAACUGAUGAUAGUGACGUUUUCGGCUUGAACCAUUUUACACCAGACCUACUUGUGCGGUCAGUAUCAAGAUGUUUACAGGAAAUUAAGCCGGAUGUAGUUCUACCCAAAUCAUUGCCUGAAAAUAUGAAUAUGGCUCAAAGAUUUACCAUUGCAUCUACGCUGGCGGAGACGUGUAUUGCAUGUGGAUAUCGCGGUGACAUUGGAUAUCAGACGUUUCUCUAUCCGAAUGUUGUAGAUACCAGACGGCUGUUUAUGUUCCUAAUCGAACAAUUACCAAAACUAAAUGAUUCAUUGGAUGCAAUAGAGGGUGGAUCAGAACGAAAUGAAUACAAAAUAUUAUUGAAGGAAAUUAAAACGAAUAUAUCUAGGGAAUUAAAAGCACCAUGGGUUCCGCAGUAUUGUCGUGGUUUAGCGAAUAGAAAAUCCGAUGGGAAUAGUAGUCUUACAGUCGACUUUUUACCCCACUUAAAUUUACACAUUCCACAAGUGGAGGGCGAUUUGCAGUCCAAGGAAUUUUAUCAAGCUCCAAAUAUAUUUCAACAGACCACAGCAGCUGAUUGUGAUCUGGUAAGUUCGGUUUUACAUAAAUGUGCCAUCGAUUUAUAUAGCCCAGCACAAAGUCUACAUGGUGUACGUAUAACUGAUAUUAAUAAACCGGAUGCAAUAAUACCUUCAUUGCAAGCCAUUGAUGUUAGCAGAACGGAAAACGUGGAAGAAGCUGAUCGCAAAACAGAAUCAAUACCGGCCACUCCUCUCCAGAAUCUUAUUAAAAAUGUUGAAGAGUUAAAACAAACUAAUGAAUCGUGUGUGCGGGAACUUCAAGCCUGCAAUGAAAAACUCAACAAUUUACGCCUAGAACGAACAAGCGUUGUAGCAGAAAUGGAAAACUUGCGAAAAGAUCAAAAAUUACAUGAACGAACAUGCGUUAUAUUGGAAAAUCCCAAUGAAAAUAUUACUAAACUAGAGGUGCUGAUAGAGAAAACACGGGAAAGGCGCCUUACCGUAGAAAAUCAAUGGCAGGCACAUCGAGUACCAGCCCUCAAACAAAUUGACGAAUUGCAAAAGCUGAGACAUUCGAAAAACUUACAAAACAUCCAAGAGCUGCGACAAGCUAUACAGGAGUAUGAAACGAGUUUAAAGGAUAAAACCAACAUUCACAUGCAACUAGCAGAGGAAUUAAAGAAACGAGCCGUGGGAAUUGCACCACGUAAAGAGUACACGCGACGAAUUUAUGCCGCCGCCACUGUUUAUUUACUCUUUUUUGUUAUUUAUUUACUUCAACAAAUUUGA